UAGAGCUGUCUAAUCAGACUCCUGUACAGCGAUGUCGCCAGGCAAUGCGUAGGGCAGCCUCCCGCCGUGCAUCCCGCUUCUGAACUCCAGCUUCUUGCCAGUCCCAUGUAUACCCCUGAAAGGAGGUGCAGCCAGUAGGUGCUGGAUUUGACGUGCAUCAUGUCCGCUUUGUAGGCUCUGGUUCACAUUGACACUGUACGGUAUAGCCAGUAUACUCCAUCUUUGCAAUUAUGUCUCUGCCGCCGGAGAAAUCCACUGAGCUGAAACAGAUCAUCCAUGAGCAACUCAACCGGGUAAAUGUUCACAGCAGAAUCCGCGAGGUGCUUGCAGAGACGUUAAAAGAUGAAUUAGGAGAUGAAAGCCAUAACUUCUCAGAAGAUGAUCUGAUUAAAGCCUUGAGAAAGCGAGGAAUUAUCGAUGAUGUUAUGAAAGAGCUGCAUUUCCUGGAGGAUGGCCUCUCACGAGAACUAACCUCUACCCCAAAACCAGCACCGCAGUUUGUUGAUAAAGAACCAAGGACUUUGAAAAAAACGAAUAUAGACCCAUCACGUAGGUAUCUUCACCUCCAGGUCUUGGGUGGAAAAGCAUUUCUGGAGCAUCUUCAAGAAUCGGACCCUCUCCCUGGCCAGGUGUGCUCCACAUUUACUCUUAGCCUGCACUUUAGGAACCAACGUUUCCGUUCCAAACCUGUCCCCUGUGCCUGUGAACCAGACUUCCAAGAUGGCUUCUUGCUUGAAGUACAUAAGGACAGCUUAGGUGAUGGCAGCAGAAUGGCAGAUGCCACUUCCCUGUUGUCAAUCUGUGAUCCUGUACAGCUGGUGCUGAUCAAGACGGACACGUCUGGAGAAACCACUUUAGUGUCCUCCCACUCUCUGGAGUGGCGCUCUGUACUGGGAGUGGACAGAGGAGUAACGAGCCUUGCUGUGGAGCUCCUGGGUGUAGGUGCGGAGUGUAAAAUCCCUGUCGGGGUUCUAAAUGUGAAACUUGAGCUUUAUCCACCUCUUACUCAACCAUUGUCUCCAGAGAUUGUCAGCACUCAGCUGACACUGGAACGUAAGAAGGCAGCAGAAAAGGAACGCUUGUUUUUGGUCUAUGCAAAACAAUGGUGGAGGGAAUAUCUUCAGAUUCGUCCAUCCCACAAUUCCAGACUUGUGAAGAUCUUUGCCCAGGAUGAAAAUGGACUUAAUCGACCUGUGUGCUGCUAUGUACGCCCCCUUAGAGCUGGACGUCUGCUGGACACACCCCGACAGGCGGCACGCUUUGUAAAUGUCCUAGGCUAUGAAAAGGCCCCAGUUGUUGGUGGAGGUGGUAAACAAGAACUGUGGUGCACUAUGCUGGCAUUUCUCUGUAGAAAUAAGGGGGAUUGUGAAGAUCACUGCACCCUCCUUUGCAGCCUCCUUCUUGGUUUUGGGUUAGAGGCCUAUGUGUGUGUUGGUACAAAAGGAAGGGGUGUAGCCCAUACAUGGGUGAUGACCUAUGGGACCGAUGAAGCAGUUACCUUUUGGGAGAGUUUGACAGGCCAAAGAUAUGUCCAUAAGCCUGUCAACCCAGAUGACCCUCCCUUGGUGGAGCAGCCAAAACCUCUCUACCCAUACAGAACCAUUGGAUGCAUUUUUAACCACCAGCGGUUCUUGGCCAACUGCCAGCCAUCAGAUUCAGUUGAUCUUUGUGUCUUUGAUGUGAAUGAUGAAUCCAGGUGGAAACCAAUGAGUGAAGAAGCUAUUAAAUCCAUAUGUUCCCCAGGAUCUACUACAUCCCUUCCUCCAUUACCUCCACUCUGCAGUUCACUGCUUGAUGCGGCCACAGAAAGUAAUGAGAUUGAAUUGCAGCUGCGAGUUCUUGUGACUGAGCACAGAAAGGACCUUGGUCUUACCACAGUCUGGGAUGAUCAGCUGCCUUACCUACUGUCUCCUGCCUUGGCUGCAUAUGAAAUAGAACGUACAACAGGGAUCUCGGCAGGAAAUGAGGAGUUUCAGGAUGCCAUAAGGAGAGCAGUGCCCGAUGGUCAUACUUUCAAAGGAUUUCCUAUUCACUUUGUUCACCGAAAUGCAAGAAGGGCAUUUGCUACAUGUCUGCGAUCCCCUUUCUGUGAUGAGAUUGUUGGCUGUCGUGGAGAUCAGAUGCGGCUUGCUGUUCGAGUGCGAGUUUUCACAUACCCUGAAUCGGCAUGUGCCGUGUGGAUUAUGUUUGCCUGUAAAUAUCGAUCUGUGUUGUGAUGUAUACCUGUCACCUGCCUAAUGUUCAGUCUCACAAUCUGUGUGUACAGUGUAUCCUGGAAUAUUUAAUACAUAUUUAAUUUUUAUUAUGAAAUGUAUAUUUUCUUACAGUGGAUAUCAUUUAUAUGUAAUAAACUAUU